CGCUUCAUCCUCGUCUGGCUCAUCCUCAUCUCCUACAUCAUCUCACCCUCCCCGACCCCAUUGCUGCUUUCUGAGUAUCGCUGUCCACCAUGUCCUACGGCCAGUACAAUCAGAAUCCUUACCAGGAGGGUCCUCCUCAGGAGGCCGGCUACGGCGGCUACGGCCAGGCCAACCCGUACGCUCAGGACCAGCAGGACCAGCAGGGCCAGAACCAAUACGAGAUGCAGGACUACAAUCAGCAGCAGCAGCCCCCGUCUUCUGCCACCCUCUCUCAAAAUGACUUCCUCAACCGCGUCCAGGGCCUGCGCAAUGACAUCAAGGCCCUCACUACUGACAUUGACUACAUCGGCCAGCUACACCAGCGCGCCCUCGGCAGCACCGACAGCGCCGUCAAGGAGCAGCUCGAGCAGUAUGUCGCGCAGACCCAGAUCCGCAACACCGCCAUCAAGGACGGCAUCAAGGGCCUCGAGCGCGAUCUCGCAAAGACGACAGACUCCACCCGCAACACCAAGAACACCCAGCUGCAGUCCCUAAAGACCUUCUUCAAGUCCGAGCUCGACAAGUACCAGAGCAUCGAGCGCGAUUACAGGCAGCGCUACCGUGACCAAAUUGCCCGCCAGUACCGCAUCGUGAAGCCGGAUGCCUCGGAGGAAGAGGUCCAGGAGGCGUCCGAGGCUGAUUGGGGCAACGAGGGUGUCUUCCAGACCGCUCUCCGGACGAACCGCACCGGCCACGCCAGCUCUGUGCUGGGCAAUGUGCGCGCCCGCCACAGCGAGCUGCAGCGCAUUGAGCAGACCCUCUCCGAGCUUGCUCUCCUCUACCAGGAGCUCGCCGCCGUUGUUGAGCAGCAGGAGCCCGUCAUCCAGGCCGCCGAGACCAACGCCAUCAACACCGUCGAGAACAUCGAAAAGGGCAACGAGCAGGUCAAGGUCGCCAACGAGCACGCCCGCCGCCGCCGCAAGCUCAAGUGGUGGUGCGCCCUCGUCGUAUUCCUCAUCAUCCUCGCCAUCGCCCUCGGUGUCGGUCUUGGUGUCGCCCUGACCAAGAAUUAAUCAGGAGGCCCAACCGCCGCCGUUGUCGUCGCGCGUAAUGAUGUUGGUGUGUGUAUACGACGUCUGAUAGACCCUCGAUGAUGUUUCCCUCCUCUUUUUCGCCUUAGUUCGCGAUAUCAACCAGCGGCGUAUGCGCCAACCCGUCGCAUACGCUCUUACUUAAUUCUCUCAUUUCCCCGAAGCGUCGGAACGCUGGGGAAGUACAUUUUUUGGAGGUGGGCAGAUGGGAACAAAGAGUUCAUGAAAAUGGGUU